AUGGAAAAAACGCCGCGCAGUGACCACCAGCCUCCGGCUCUCGUGCUCUACCUCCUCACCGACCAGCAGGCCCUCUGGACCGUGUCGGGCAUCUACCGCCUCGCACGGCGCGGCGGUGAGGCCUCGCUCUCGGCCACGGCGGACUUUGGGUGGCGCGAGCCGCCGGUCGCGACGCCGCACCACGACCGGCUGCUGCGCGAGGGCGCCUUCUUCGCCAACUUCCACGUCUCGGGCCUCUGGUGCGUGCCGUCACGCGGCGCGCUCAUGACGUCACGGUCAGUCUCGCGGCUUUCGCGGGGUGAGGGAGGGCCUGGCAGCGGCGCAGAGGGCAGCUCGAGCGUGAUCGGCGGGUGCCUGCACGCGCGCACGCCGACGAUGGGCGCUGCCUUCCGCGCGGCCGGCUACGCCACCGCAUACGUCGGCAAGUGGCACCUGGCCGCGGGUUGCAACAGCCGGGCGGCCGAGGAGGCGGCAGCGCCAGAGGCGAUGCCUCGCGGGACAAACGGCUUUGAUCACACCCGGCACAUGCUCGCGCUCGGUCACUACAAGACGUUGGUCGACGUGGACGAGCAGGGAGGCCGCCUCCCGUCGCUGCGGCGCUGGCAGGGAGGCUCGUGCAGCCGCAAGCCCGUGCGGUGGCUCAAGCGCUCGCGCGCCCCCUCCCCCCUCUCCGACACGAGCAUCCACCUGGCCGCCUCAAUGGACGUGCCCUGCGGCGAGGGCGCCAGAGCGCACUACUACACGCGUGCGGCGGCGCGGUGGGCGGGCAGGCUGAUCGAGGAGUCGCUCCUCGACGCGAGGAGGAGUAGCGCGGGCGGCGCGGGCAAGAGGAGGCUCUUCCUCGGCGGCCGCUACCGCGACGUCGUGGCAAACUACCUCGGGAUGGUGGCGCUGAUCGACGAGGCGCUCGGCGAGCUGUCCGCCCUCGCCCUGCGGGUUGGUAACUCGACGCUGACGGUGGUCAACUCGGACCACGGCGAGAUGCUCGGCGCGCACGCGCAGAUGGGCAAAGGCACCAUGUACGACGGCGCCCUCCGGGCGCCCCUCCUCGUGCACUGGCCUGGCCGCGUCGCCGCGCGCCGCAUGGUGGGGGAGAUGGCGUGCUCGCUCGACGUCUGGCCGACCCUGGCCGGGCUGAUCGGCUUGCCCGCGCUCCGUCCCGCAGCGACCGACGGCGUCGACAUGCACGCGCUGCUGCUGCCGGCGCGACGCCGCCGCGGCGUGUGGGCGCGCCCCGACGUGAGGAUCAUCGACGCCGUCUCUGCCAACGCGCAGUUUGGCACGCUCGGGGUGGCGACGCGCCGGUGGUGGCUCUCCCUCGAGGCACCGGCGUCGGUCCGCCAAAAGUACCGCCUCUGCAAGCCUGGUGAUGCUCGGUGCACCAAGACUGCUCUUGGCGCGCAUAUCACGACCAACGGCUCGCGCGCCGACGCCUCCCACCGCCUGCGGCUCGAGGAGAUGGGGGCGGCCGGCCUCUGUCGGCUGUGGGAUCGCGCCGCAGACCCGACGCAGCAGACCGACCUCUGCGCGCGCCCCGAGGCGGCGGGUGUGGUGCGGGGCCUGCUGCGGGUGCUGAGGGAGCACCUGGAGGAGAGGCUGCCCGGCCACCCCGCCCUGACGGCGCACUGGAAAGCGUUUGCACAAUACGCGACGACGUACGACAGCCCCGACUGUCUCGCCGGGAUCCCGACCGACGCCGCCGUCGAGGCCUGCUACGCUGGCACGGACGGAGCGUUCGGUGCGGUGUGGGGUCUGCGCGACGAGGUGGUCCGGGCGGCGCUCGAUGCGACUGUCGUGGAGAGCGAGUACGGCUCGAUGCCUCGCGGCUUCAUCAAGAGCGCGCCGCACCCAGGAUUCGACCCGAAGCUGUACCCCGGCGAUGAUGUGGAUGUCGAAGCGGUGGGCGACCUGCAGUACCACACCGCGCCCGCCUUCCUCUCCGCCUUUGAGUACACCGCCCCCGACGACGAGGACUUGCUCUGGUCCCUCCGCUUCUUCAAUGCGAGACUGAUGAGAUGCGGAAGACAGUACUAA